AUGGAGGGACCUCUCAGCGUGCCUCCUGACCGGGGCACUAUCAUUGGUAGAGCAGUUUGGAAGGUGCGAUAUGUGGUAGUUGGAGCCCCGAAUCGAGACCGGCCGCUGCCUGGACCGGUCAACCGUACUUCGACACCGAAGGAGCUCGCGAGGGCGCCCACAGACGGCAUAUUUCUCACCAUCUAUAAGUCCAAGGAGGAUACCGAGCCGAUACAACAGUACGCACUUAGUUCGAUUGCCGACUGCCAGCUUCAGGUGAUGGCGCACCGCAAGCAAGGCCCGGUUCUCCCAACCUUGGUCCUCAAUGUUUUGCCAGAUCCGACGUUGGACAAGGCCCGGAAGCGGCGUUCGAGCAGGACUGCCGGGUUCGCAGCCCCAAGGGAGACGGGCCCGACCACCUUGUUGUUUCGCCCUGGGGACGAGCUACAAAACCUUCAAGAAUGGGCGCGCUUCAUCCAGCAACUCAUCCAGCCACAUAUCCCCGACAGAGCCCCCAUGAGCCCGCUAACGCCAGCGUCGCCGACUUUUGUCAACCCGUUCGCGCCUCGAUCAAGGGAGCCCAGCGAGAUGCAGCCGAGGCCGGGCAGUGGGAAUGGUUCUCGCCCAGGGUUCUUCUUGAAGAACUCCUCGCAAUCAAGCUCCAUGCGCGAUCGGCCCGUGACCUUCUCCGAUUCCCCGAGUCUGCGAUCGAAACGGAGCGACCUGUCUUCUCAGACAAGCGUCAUGACCCAGCCACACAUGGGUUUUCACAACUACACUACGAUGGCUCCUGCCGACCUCCCGUCUCCAGCGACCACAAUCGGGGAAUACCAGGGCGAGUUUAUUGAGGGGUGGACGUCAGCUCAGGGCAGGUCAUCCGCGCUCAGCUCCCCCAUCAGGGGGCGCGAAAGCGUCAGCUCACAGGCGCCGACCUCAUUACCGCCAAUACCUGAUUCCAACUCGCCGCCAGGGCCACGGGAAACGAUUCUCGACAGGGCGUUCCAACUGCGUUGCAUACCCGGCUCUGAACGCGAAGUUCCCGGGGAGGAGAAAUUGAGUUCACUAGCCCGGUUCGACGCCCUGAUGCGGGAGGUGGAUGAGAAGAGGAGGCGGCGGGAAGAUGAAGAAGCCAAGUCAAGACCGAUGGCUGCGGCAGCUCUGUCAGCCAGGACAUCGGGCCCGGAACCCAGGAGCGCAUUCGACCAGGACGACUCGGAUUCGGAUUCGGAUCAAGACUCGGACUCGGACAACGGUGAUAGCGACGAGAUCGCAAGAGAAACGGACCUCGAGGACAAGUUUCCUUCAUCGACUUCAGCCCAACGAGCCUUGGAUUUCAUCACGGGGAGGUAUGAUCCCACGCUGCGGCAUCAACUAGCGUCGCGAGGUCAUGGCAUCAGGUCCCCGCCAAACUAUAACCAUGACGCGUUCAUGGCAUUGUCGAGCACCGGAUCUUCUCAAAUGCGGCCUCAAACAGGGUAUUCGAAUAAUCGAAACCGGCCGGGAAUGACACACCGAACCCACAGUCAACCGCACCUUGCUAGCAUAUUAGCGUCGUCAACACCUCUGGACGCACCGAGGGAGUCCGAGGACGGAACGGGAUUCAGCUUCACCCCAGGGUCCCCAUCAGCUGUGCAGCGCGCCUCUGCCGAAAAGCGGCAGUCUGCGUCGAGCGCUAAGGGCCUCGGCUUCACCGAGUUCACAAGGCGGCUGAGUAGCACAAGCAGUUUACUCCUCAUGCAGACAAACGCUAGCGGACCCGCCAGCAGCCGGGCGAGCAACAGCGACAUGGACCUGCAGCAGUGCCCACAGUCGCCCCCGCAGCACCUACACCAUCUCCAUCCCAGGGCUGGCCCACCGAUACCGCAACAGCAUCAGCCACCGCAGUCUCCGCCGCCGAUAGGCGAGCGUGAGCGCUGCGGCUGGCGGGGCAGCGUGGGUGUGUUUGGAGGCGGCGAUGGCAGCUUCGUAUGA